AUGAUGCGACCCUCAUAUUUCCCUGCAUCAACAGUCCUAAAUCGUUCGUGCCAGCACUUGCGAACCGCCACCGUCGCACGGGCCGAAACGGCCACACUGCAAAAUAACCUUUUCCUGUCAUCCGUUCUGGUGAAGCGACGUCGUCAAGGCCGCACACUGGCCUGGCGGGCAUGCCAGCGCUCAGGGUUUAAAAGUCCGGUCUCGCCAAGAUUCUCUCUUCUUCCUCCCUUGACACGCUUUCAACGCUCGCCGAUGAACUCUGAAAACAACAACAACAACAACAACUUGAACCCAAAUGCUGGAUGGACUCCGCAGCGCCAAGUGGAUAGCUCCCUUGCCAGUGCGCUUCAGCAAGAGCUACAGGAGGAAAACCCGCAACUGCAAGAGUUCAUAUCCAUGGUAACUUCGACCCCCGGUUUCUCCGAUGCUCAACACGGCCAACCUGCUCAAAUGACCAUCCCACAGCUCUACGCGGCUUUCGCGAAAGUUUUGUUCGAGCAUGGUGGGCCACAGAUCGUGCCUCCCACCUUUCCUUUGCCGAACGUCCAAUAUGCUGGGCCCCAGCAUCCUGGGCCUGUGUCUGUCAUGGCGCAGCCGCUUCCCGCUUUCAUCAUGCCGAACGACCAAUUUGGCGGCCCUCAACCGCUUCCUCCGCAGAGCCAGUUGGCCAACAAUUUCCAUCCUAUCCCGCGGUCGUCCAGCCAGAGUAACAUCGCUCACCAAGCAAACAAUCUCCCAGCUUCUCCCUUUCCCAACGAACUUGAAACCUGGAACCACUUCACCAGAAUUCCGUCUCCGGUUGAAUUGGGUCCCCGCGAUUCCGCGUCGCAGUUGUCUUUUUUGUCUGACCCAUCUCCCUCGGCUUCUCAAAUCGGUCUAUCCCAGUCGGCCUCUCAAUUCCGGGCCUUCCAAAUGGCUCCAGCCCCCGCAUCGCAGUUGUCUCUUCUGUCUGACCCCUCUCCCUCGGCUUCUCGAAACGGUCCAUCCAACUCGGCUUCUCAAACGGGUCCAUCGCGCUCGCGCCCUCAAAAAAUGGGGGCCUCACAAAUGGCGCCAACCCGCUCAGGCUCCCACAUCCGUCCAUCGCGCUCAGAAAUGGGCCCAUCGCACUCAGCCUCUCAAAUGGGCUCGUCAACCUCUCGAAUGCGUCCAUCCCACUCAACAUCGCAAUUGGGUCCUGUCCGCACAACGACUUCGAUCUCCGACAAUCGCCAGGCUGUCCACGCAAAUAUAUCGUAUCCUCCCGCCAAUCCCUCAUUCGAAGUUUCGAUGAAGAUUCCAGUUGGGACGGAGCAGGGGUUACUCGCGAUAGGCACGUCGAUGAUGAUGAAUCAGGAUUAUGUCGCGAAUGCUCAGGCGGCGGCGGCGGCGACGACAACGCACAUCUCGGACGCAGCCACAAGCGCGCUCGAGCGGGAAAAGCCGUUGCUUUAUGCAGUACAGUCAACUGCCCGCGGAUUCCUUCUCCCCGGUAUCGCCAACUUCGACAUGUAUCCCCCCCCGGAUAACAACUUCAAGCGAAUGGACGAUGCAUUCUUUCGUGCGUACGUCAUUCAUGGACGGAACAUCGAAAAAAACAGCUGGGAAGAAAGGGGACACGAAUGCAAACUCAUCGUGGCCAAUGCCGAGUACAAGCUCAAGACCGAUACACUUGAUGACGCCAAGAUGAUCAUCCAACACAUGCUUAUUCCCAAGUUUCCCUCGAACGCUGUCCACGCUCACACACUCAAGCCCUACACCAAAGAGGAGCGAGAGCAAUUCAAUCCAAAGCUCAGCCCUGCUCCCUGGAACCCCUUCACACACCAGCCUUACACGGCGGAGGAGUGGUCUACGGAGCAGAAAAAAGCCGUCAAAGCAAUGUUGGCCGACGACAGUUUCGUCCACAACACUGACACCGGGACGCGUAGCGACACCAACACUCGCUGCGCCCAUCCGGCGGUUGCCACACUGGUCUGUCUCAUCUCCCAGCGCAAGAAUGUCGGCCUGGCUCCGAGUCCCUAUUUCAUUCCACCCCCCAUGCUCGCUAUGGCAAUAACUAUGCUUCGUCGAGCCCUGUAUGAAUUCGCCUAUGGAAAAAAAGAAUCCCGAGCAACCCGGAUUGCCUACUACCAUCGCACGAUAGUCACCAUUAUGAAUCUUCUCACACGCAAAUCGGCCGAUAGCUUCUUCUUUGUGCGUUACUUGUACGACCUUGCUGUCAAGACAGGGCAAAUGCCUCGGGCUACGAUACUCCAGGGAAACGUGGCCCCUUUUGACUGGCACCUCAGUGACGAUUGA